AAAUUUCUCUUGUCUUAUCUCUCUAUCUUGAUCUUUGGUCUGGUUCUUCGUUUUCUUCCUCAGCCUCACAACUUUCUCGCUCUUCGUUUUCACCGAACGCCAACACACAUUCAUUCCCACACUUUCAACUACUUCCAAUUUCUUCUCAAUUCCAAUUCCGAUUUCCAGGCUGCUCUAAUUCUAAUUUUUUUUUAAAUCAAUUAUUAAUUAUGGCUUCCAAUGUCUCUUUGGUUUAGAGGAAUAUUGUUUUCUGCUUGGAUUGAUUUCGGCAUAAUUGCUCUUUUUUAGGUGUAGCUGAAAUUAUUUCAUUAUCAUAACUAAGAGCCGUAAAUGCAAUGCGAAACUUGCCUAAUCCAGGUAAGUCAAAAUCCAGGAAUUUGAUUGCGUUUUGACAAUUUCUGGUUUUGGGAUUGAUUGGAGCCAAGACUUACAUUUUUUUUUUCCUGGAAAAAUAUGGUUUAUCACUCAAGUUUUGUGGAUGAUGAAAGAAUUACUAAAGCUUGUGGGUGCCCCCUAUUGCCUCUAAAAACCCAUAUAAAGGGUCCUGCUCCAGAUUUAGAUCAAGAUCAAACUGACAUUAUUGAUGAAGCAAUUACAUUUUUUCGAGCCAAUGUCUUCUUCAGAAACUUUGAUAUUAAGAGUUCAGCUGAUAAGCUCCUUAUUUAUCUGACACUCUAUAUUAAUGUGGCUUUGAAGCGGCUUGAGGGUUGUAGAACUUCGGCUGAAGGAACCAAGGCGAUUAUUAACUUGGGCCUUGAAGAGGUUCCUGUUCCAGGAGAACCCGGUUUUCCUUUCCCAGGCCUUUUCCCCCUUCCUCAAUCCAAGAAGGAAGCAGAACUACUCAGGAACUAUCUGAAGCAGAUAAGGGAGGAAACUAGUGGUAGAUUAUUGAGUGUUGCAUAUAGACAUAAUGGGACUCCGAAUAAAUGGUGGUUAGCAUUUGCCAAGAGGAAAUUUAUGAACAUCAUUGUCCCUUGAUUGUUUUGUUGUAGUGUUUAUUAUACCCAAUUAAAAUAUAAUAUGUAGGCACCACAUUGAUAUGAUAAAACAUUGGUUGUGAAAAAUAUUUUUGUAUCAACUCUUGUAAGAAAAGCAGGGUGGUUGCAAUGUUACUGGUAUAAGGAAGAUUAUUAUGAUUAGUUAAUAGCUCUUACCAUUAUUACUUUGCCUUUUUAUUUUUGGCUUUUGAAGAGUAUUGUAUUGAAAUUCUAAAUUUGGGACAAGAUGCAUUAUUUGUAGAUAAACAAAUGACAAUUUACUAUAUUUUCUACAUAUUUUCCUGUA